AAGCUGUAAUAUAUGUUAUAAUGCCUGUUCAUAUAUUUUGUCUGAGAUUCAUCUCCCAUUUUCCCUCUUUUUCCUUUUUUAUAUGCGAGUUCAUCAAACCCACUCUCUACGACGGUGCUUUCUAAUCUCGGGUGGGCAUUUCCAUGACAUUUCCUUAUGCUUGACAAUUUUCUUAAUUCGCAUGACUGGCUUGAGUCAAUGUACAAAUUCAUCAUUCUAAUGGUGUUCAGAUUUUUUUCACCGAUUUCCAUUUCGUGAAUGUAUUCUACUAUUCCUUGGAUAUAAAUCCCAACUUUUUUUGCCUCUCUGCCCAAGGCAAUAUCAGAUUGACACAAUCCUCUUACCCACUGCUUAAAAAAAAAUAACACCUGUUGGACUCACAAGGCCCAUCGCAGCUGUCCGAAUAAGAUUAUCAUCUUGUAAUAAGUACUAAUGGAACGAUGAGUUUGACAAGUCCACCUCCCAGCCUGGCGACCACCUUUGAGGAUGGCGUCUCCAGUUUCGGCCCGGGGAAGGCGCUCAACAACGACGCGAUGGCCAAUGACACUGGUAACAAGUUGGAAUAUGUCAUUACCAUGGACAUCCUCCAGCUUUAUAUCUACUCAUACUUGGACAAGCUUCUGGUCACCGUCGCCAUGCCCAUUAUCUUCAUCAUCGGUGUCAUUGGAAACGCAUCGGUUAUCGUGGUCUUCGUUCGGAUCAAGACCAUGAGGACAGUUACCAAUCAUUACUUGAUUAACCUUGCUAUCGCCGACAUGCUCUUCUUCUUGGCAGCCGUGCCGCAGUUCUGGAUUUUGUAUGCUACAAGCCCGGUCUUUGCAGAUUAUAAGAGCAUAAGCCGUCCAUACUGCAAGUUAACCAUGUUUGCGACCGAUGUUGGAAUUAUAGUAUCCGGAUUGACGGUAAUCGUCGUCACCCUAGAGCGGUAUGUCGCUAUCUGCUGGCCCCACAAAUUCAAGCAGUUGAGCACGAGACCAAGAGCGAUAUUGGUUUGCGGGUUGAUAUGGCUUUUUACCUCUCUUUACAAAAUCCCCACCAUCGUCUUCGCCGACUUGUACAACGUCAAUCUGGUGUGGCCCUCGUCAAACGAGACCGAUUUUGCUGAGUAUCCAAGGACCAAAGUAGAAUGUUCCUAUUGUUUACCUAGAGCGCAUAAGCCCUGUGACCGCUUUCGUUUCUCUCUUACUGUAGAUCAGUUCCUCUUGCUAAUGGUGAUACCUGUAACAAUGGUACUAUACACCUUGAUAGUACUUCAACUACAGCGCCUUAGCAAGACUUCUUCUCUACGCGGUUCUGCAGGGAGUUCUUCAACGCGCAUGAAGAAGCAAGUAGUUCGCAUGCUUAUUGUCACCAUCACUGUCUAUAUCAUCUGCAUCACACCAUUUCGUUUGCUCAAUCUCUUCGAUAUAUUCCAACACAGACUUCCCCCUGAUAUCACUUGGGUUCUCGUCAACACGGCCCGUAUUAUGAUGUACACAAACUCCGCUGUCAAUCCCAUUAUAUAUAACAUCAUGAGCGACCGGUAUCGUCAUGCUUUCCGCCAAACAUUCCUCUGUUGUAUUCCUAGUUAUGUGAACGUGAACGGUGAGGCAUCUAGUGACAGGAAGUCAAAGUACACCAACAAUGCAAGCACUCGUUUCGAAUACGAGCGUUCUACGAGGUAGACAUCUUCGUCAAUGCUGCAUGCAAGAAAAUGAUGACCUCAUGUUUAUGAUUCUGCUUCGGAAUCGUGGUGAUUCGAGAAUCCAGAGAGUCUUGUCCUGGUUGACAUUACGCGUAAAAUUGAAACAGUGAAUCAUUUAUCCAAACGCAGAUUUUCAAAGUACUGUGAAUUGUCAUGGAUACAAACUAUUUUAAAUGUACUGUCAUAGCGUGUUCACAUAAUCCUGAAAAUUUGGGAGGUCGUCAAACAUUAUCAAGGUCUAAACGAGAAAGCGCUUUUGGGUUGGAUUUUUCACCUGGUAAAGAGGUUAAACAUUUUUCACUUUGCUGUGUUGUCUUGAAAUGCAUUUUUUUUCUUAAGACAGGCGCCAAUUUCGGAUUUCUUUGGAGAAGCGUGGUGAUGUACAGAGCAUCCAAUUUCUUUUAACAACAAAUGCAUAUUCAUUUUCGGGUAUACAGUUUCUACUAAAACUGAGUGGAAAAACAGUUUUACGCUCCUUGGUUAACGUAAACACUAAAAAUGUCCCUGAGACAACCACUGUGGUUACAGUUGAUCAAUCUUCAAGAAUGCGAGAGCGAAAUAACUGCCAAACAUAAUGAUGGGACUUCAUCAAGGUUCACAAAUCUAUAGAGCUAACGUGUCAUCAUAUAUGCCACACUCCAACAAGAAUGCUUCUGCAGCUUCGUAAACGUAUAUUUUUUGGGCCUACUCUUAAUUGUCCUUUGACAGAUCAGACGAAUAUCACCCGAGCCAACCACAAGAUGAAAUAUUGGAGAUGCAAUUACUUUGAAAUUGUUAUGAGGAAAGAAUGGAGGAAACGCAACAAAUAUAGUAUAUUGUCAUCUUUGAAAUGACGGAACCUCUUCUCCAUUUUAGUAUUAAUGGAAGGAAAACAAAAGGAAUAAGUGAGCACGUUUGAGGCAGAUCAUUUUCACUCCGUAAACGCUGGUUAUUAGCUUUCUAUUCAACCGGACGUUCUAUCCAUCGACAAACACUGAUAGACGAUGAUCAAAUUCUUGCACACUGAUCAAUAAUCGAUCCAGUUUUGGAGGGGUAAAAUUUUACUUGUAAUCUAAAGUAUCUGUCAAUAUCAUGUUAGAUUUGCUGUACAAAAUACAGAGUAUAUAAAUAUAAAAGUAUACUUGGAAUUUAUGUUAGUUGUGGUUCCUGUGUAAAGUGAAUUUUUCUUCUUUAAGAUAUCACAAAAAAUUGUAAUAUACACAAUUCUUUAUUAUAUUCAUGCCACUUCGUAUAAUUGCCCGAACAAGGUAUGUAAUAUGAUUUCAGAUAUGUCGAAAGACACCGAAAAUUAAGUAAUAAAACGUUUCUGUUGUAGAUUUAGUUUGACAAUUUAUAUUGCAAAAAAUUAUAUAAUUCAAAAUGUAUUAGUUUAAAAAAUACCAAUUCGAGAAAUCAUAUAAAAUUGGCAGAUAAUUAAUUUCUCAAAGUUUAAACUCAUGGUUGAUUUCAUUUUUGUAUUGUUGAAUCCCAUGUGGAUUUUCAUUGGUUUGCGAUAUGUUUUUUUUUUUCAUUUACAAACAAUCACCGUCAAAAUUACUUUUUUCAAGUUAUCGAACCUGGUUUUCUGUUCUUUCAGAUUUAGUCUUCAGUCGUGGUAUCCAUUUUAAUCUGUUUUUUUUAAUCGGGUAAAUGGAUGAAUUUGAUGUUUCUCAAUGACCAGUGCACUCUAAAAAGAGGUUUACCCAAUAUUGGGUAAAUUGGAAACAUGCAUGUUUGUUGGGUAAAAAAGAUAUCAAAUAUUGUGUAAAUUUUAUGCAAUGUUGAGCUGAAAUUUACCAUUCAAACACGCAUUUUUUACCAAUAUUAAAGGAAAAAUUACCCAACGAACAUGCAUUUUCUCUUUCUACCCAAUAUUGGGUAAAUUUUCACUCUCUGUUUUUAGAGUGUAGUUUAUUAAUUGUAAGGAAUGAUAAUGGCGAUUUGAUAUGGUCCCAUCCUUUUCAUUGUUAUUGCUAUCAAGUGGGUUGAACCGCUUUUUAACCAUGUCGAUGACUGAAUGUAUUAAUGCUCGAUUGUUACGCUAGUACGGGUGUUGUUUUAUGUCUCCUGUAUUUGCUGCUCUAAUUUUCAUUAUUUCAGUAUAUUUGUGAUGGUAAAUCAACAUGUAAUGCAAAUGUAAUGUUCACGACGUUUCUUGUUCCUUUUUCGCUCUCACUGAACGGAUAUCAUACAAUGUUUGAAACAGAAAAAUGGAAAUUAUGUACUAAAAUAGAUGCAUUACAUGAAAAAGUAUUUUCUAGCGGUGAUCGAAAAUUAUAUAUACUCUUCAUAUAAAUUGCUCAUUGUAAGCGCAUAGUGUCUUGUGCAUUUGACUCUUUGGAAUUGAUUUGAAUUAAAAGGCAUUAUGAUUGUAA